UUGUUUCCUUGAGUACAAAUAUAUAGAUAGACUUAAUAUAACACAUCCUAAUACAUUUCUGAAAUAGGCUAUAUUUAUUAAAAUUAUGUUGAGAUGUUGGUAAAUAUCACCAUCUAGUGGGCAGUAAGGAGCAACCAGGUCAACAGCAGUUUAUACUCACUCAUCGUUCACGUUAAAUAAAAACUAUCAUUAGAUCGUUUUAUCUCCAAUAGUGGCAUUUUCUUAGAAAUCGUUGAAUAUUCCGGAAUGAUAUAACAUUUAUACACGAUUUAGUUCUUAAGUUAAAUAAUUAAAACGACGAUUGCGGUCGAAAAUAAGGUCUAAAUAACACAUUUAGUUUUGUACUGUUUAAAUAUGGCUACCGUACAUCCGAAUUACCUCAAGCAGCUGAAAUGUACUAGUGUUCCCCACAGUAACAGUAACGUUACGUACACUUGGAAAAGUCCUGACCGGAAAGUGAAUCACUGAGCAAGAAAGUGAUUUCCUAUUUCAGAGAUGUUGAGAAACACAACAGAAAUGAAAAGAGAGAGGACGAAGGAAGAGCUCAUAAUCGCCGCAAGGAACUUAGUAGUUAAUUUAACUCAGCGUGGGUCGUCAUGUUGCGUUAUUGAAGCUUCUCAUUAUUUUCGCGCCACAACAAGGCUUAGGAAAACGCUGUACGGAUAGGUGAUCCGUGCUCUCAAAAUGGGAUAUACAUUCAUACUGAUCCUUUUUGGAUUGUGCCUGAACACUGAAGUCGGGAAAAGCACCUCGGGGUGUUCAGUUAUUGGCUAUAAUGCCAUCUGCAUAAACAGAGGUCUUCAUCAGGUGCCGGAGUUGCCCGCGCACGUCAAUUACGUGGAUCUGAGUUUAAACAGCAUCACUGAACUCAACGAAGCAUCUUUUUCCCGUCUUCACGGUCUACAAUUCCUAAAAGUGGAGCAACAAACACCAGGACUCGUGAUCAGAAACAACACGUUUAGAGGACUCUCCAGUCUAAUAAUACUUAAAUUAGACUACAACCAAUUCCUACAAUUAGAGACAGGUGCAUUUACUGGAUUAUCAAACCUUGAGGUUCUCACGCUCACCCAGUGUAAUUUAGAUGGUGCCGUUUUGUCCGGUAACAUCUUCAAACCUCUGACAUCUCUUGAGAUGCUUGUCUUGCGCGAUAACAACAUUCAGAAAAUCCAGCCAGCUUCGUUCUUCCUUAAUAUGAGGCGAUUUCAUGUGCUGGAUCUGACUUUCAACAAAGUGAAGAGCAUCUGUGAGGAAGACCUGCUUAACUUUCAGGGUAAACAUUUCACACUCCUCAGACUGUCCUCCAUAACACUGCAAGACAUGAAUGAGUACUGGUUAGGAUGGGAGAAAUGUGGAAACCCAUUUAGGAAUGCUUCAAUAACCACAUUGGAUCUAUCUGGAAACGGCUUUAAGGUUUCAAUGGCGAAGCGUUUUUUUGAUGCAAUCGCUGGUACCAAAAUCCAAAGUCUCACUCUCAGUAAGAGUUACAAUAUGGGGAGUUCAUUUGGACAUAACAAUUUUAAAGAUCCAGACAAUUUUACAUUUAAGGGUCUUGAGGCGAGUGGUAUUAAGACUUUUGAUUUAUCCAAAUCAAAAAUCUUUGCUCUGUCAAAUUCUGUAUUUAGUCAUUUCACAGAUCUAGAACAAUUGACCUUGGCGCAAAAUGAGAUCAACAAGAUUGAUGAUAGCGCAUUUUGGGGUUUGACACAUUUGCUAAAGCUAAACCUGUCCCAAAAUUUCCUAGGUAGCAUCGAUUCAAGAAUGUUUCAAAAUCUGGACAAACUUGAGGUGCUCGAUUUGUCUUAUAACCAUAUAAGAGUUCUUGGAGAUGAAUCAUUUCUGGGACUCCCAAAUUUACGCAAUUUAAACUUGACAGGAAACGCUGUGGAGUCAGUCCAUACAUUUGCUACCUUACCAAACCUGAACAAACUGUACUUGGGUAAAAACAGAAUUUCAUCUUUGUCUACUUUACCCAACAUUGCAAACAAUCUUUCAACACUUGACCUGGAAUAUAACAAACUGAACGCCUUGUCAGAUUUGUACACAGUAUUACGGGAAUUUCCACAAAUAGAAAAGAUCUUUCUUCAGGGUAACACAUUUUCAAGGUGUUACAAUCAAAAACAGAUAGUGCUUUCAGACAAACUUCAACUCCUCCAUCUUGGGCUUUCAAGUAUGCAGCUGAUCUGGUCAGAAGGAAAAUGUUUAAACGUGUUUGACAAUCUUCACCAGCUACAGCAACUGUCUCUGACUGCCAAUGGACUGCAGUCACUUCCCAAAGACAUCUUCAAAGACCUUACGUCUCUGUUCUUUUUAGAUUUGUCAUUCAACUCUUUGAAAUACCUUCCUACUGACGUAUUCCCCAAAAGUCUUCAAAUUCUUAAUCUCGACUAUAAUUCGAUUUAUUCAGUAGAUCCAAAUCUCUUCAGCACCCUCAGCUACCUCAGCCUGAUGAAUAACGAUUUCCGAUGUGAUUGUGACUUGAAGGAUUUCCAAACAUGGCUAAAUCAAACCAACGUAACACUUGUUCACCCCAUUGAGGACGUGACGUGUGCCAGUCCUGAGGAUCAGUACAUGGUUCCGGUUGUGAGAUCCAGCAUACAAUGUGAAGAAGAAGAGGAGGAGAGAAGAACUGAAGACCUAAGACUUGUGCUUUUUAUUGUCUGCACUGUAUUGAUUAUAUUGUUCACUGCCAGCGCUGGUAUUUAUGCCCGUAGACGUGGCUACAUCUUCAAGAUAUACAAAAAACUAAUUGGCGAACUUGUGGAUGGAAAGCGUGAGGAGAAUGAUCCUGAUAGAUUUUUGUACGAUGUGUAUCUGUGUUUCAGUUCUAAAGACAUGAAGUGGGUAGAAAGAGCGUUGUUGAAGAGGCUGGACUCUCAGUUUUCAGAGCACAACACACUCCGCUGCUGCUUUGAGGAGCGAGACUUCAUCCCUGGGGAGGACCAUCUUACUAAUAUGAGAAGUGCCAUCCAGAAUAGUCGAAAAACCAUUUGCGUGGUGUCUGAACACUUCCUGAAGGAUGGCUGGUGUUUAGAGACAUUCACCCUGGCACAAAAAAGGAUGCAAGCAGAGCUUGAGGAUAUUCUGGUGGUGCUGGUUGUAGGAAACCUACCCCAGUACAGGUUACUGAAGCACAAACAAGUGAGAUCCUUCAUUGAGAACAGAAGUUACCUUGUGUGGCCUGAUGAUGGUCAAGACUUGGAGUGGUUUUAUGACCAACUUCUGCAUAAGAUAAGAAAAGAUAUCAAGGUUAAUCAAACGAAUCAACCAACCAAAGAAACAAAGCAUGAAGAAGCAAAUGUCAACGCCAACACAGCAGUAUAAUCAUGGUAGAUUUAUCAUACAUUUAAUAUGUUUCUUUUAUCAGUUUUAGGGUUUUACCUAAUUGAAAGGUUAGAUUGAAAUUUACUACAUUAACCUCUGGUUUCACAAACAAGGUUUAAGGCUAGUCAUGGAUUAAAAUGCAUGUUUGAGCUGUCUCAACUGAAAAUAACUUGCAGUGAGAUGUCUUAAAACAUGUCAGUGUCUUUUUUUGUCUUCAGGUGCACACUUCAGGUAUUUUUCUAAGUCCGUUUUUAUGAAUGUGGCUUAAAUAGCCUAAUUUAACUAAGGUCUAGUCCUGGCUUAAGUUAAGCCCUGUUUGUGAAACUGGGCCUAAAUGUUUGGUUCAAACCCAAACCAUUUUCAAACACUCGUGUGAUUGUGACCCUGCCAAAUAAACUUCCAAAUAAUGUCAAUUGAAAACUCAGGCUGUUUGUAAACACAGUCUGUCUCUCCCAUAAAAGUUAACUGGACAAAAGGCAUUGCUGUGCACUCUGUCGUUAACCUUACUUCCUGCAUACAAGCAAUAUUGUGAAAACUAUGAAACCACUACUGAAAGCACUGUAAGAUUUCACAACUUGACCAUACACAUUUGAGUAAUAACAGCUGUACAAUGAUAAUGUAAUAAUAAUAAAAACUCAGUAUUGAGUAAUUGUGUCAACUAA